AUGCUCGGAACAGGAUCGAAACCAGGGUCGUUGACGCUGUCGAGUGAAUGUAUGAAGGCUGCAAGUACGCUCGACUUGUUCAUCAAUCCCAACUCCGCGACCCUUGAUAACCGGAUUCCCGCGCGGGUGCUGCAAGGCGCAAAGGGCUUGGUGAUCUUCUCCGUUCUUCAGCUGGGAUUAGGGGCGCAUCGUGUUGGCUCGGGCGUCGUAGUCGCGCGAUCACCGAAUGGCUCCUGGUCGAACCCGUCCGCAAUCGCAACUGGCAAGCUUAAAGUUGGCCAGUUGAGGUUCAGCAGAGCAUUAACGAAUUUUGUCUUCGUCCUAAACACAGACACCGCGGUCGAAGCAUUUGCACAGGGGGAGAAUUUCACACUUGGUGCGGACUUGUCGAUAGGCUUAGGGCCGUUGGGAUCAAACGACGAGCCCCCAUGCAACCCCCCGGCUCUCUUCGUAUAUUCAAAAACACGCAGUGAGUUCGGGAGUGUUACGCUUGAGGGAGCUGUUCUGGCGCAACGAACCGAUGUCAACAAGAAAAUGUACCAAAAAAGGAUUACAGCCCGGGAGAUACUGCGCGAGGAGAUCGCGCCCACCCCGGCCACGCAGCCGCUCCUCGACAUGCUACUACUAUAUUCAAGCCUCUUUUGUGCUCCUCCGGCUGCCUGCACUCUGGAGAUGCGUUCGCACGCUGCAAGAAAGGUACCACAGGCAUGGGCCACUGAGCUCCCGGCCGACCCUGUUCUUGCACUGCCCCAGUCGGCUGUACCGGCGCCGCAUUUCACUCCCCGACAUACCCGAGGCUCUUUGGCAUCACUCGAACUAUUCUUCCAAGAUAUCCCCAUCUCAAGGGAGCCUUCCCCCGCACCCUCCACCGUAUCCGCGGUGUCCUGCAACGUCUCCCCGAGCGUCUACUCUGCCGCAAGCUCUACUUCGCCCACGUCGAUGACUUCCACUGCGCCAUCCCGCCAGAGCUCUCCUCCACAGCCGGCGGAACGGUUUCCUCCCACGCGCAGAUUGUCUCGUGUCCCUACAAUACUUACCCCCGGACGACGCGCAUCGAAGGGCUUUGCAUCGUUCAGCCGGCACGACCCACUGCCGUUCUGA